CGGCUAUACUAAAACCUGGAGAUCCAAAGUGUCCAUACAAUGAACUCUCUUUCUUUCUUUUGAAAGCCAAGCGUCACCGGACAGCAGCGGACACCAGGUGAGGCAAAUUCCCAAAAUAGAAAUUCUUUUUUUUUUUUUUCCAGUAACGCAGAGUUCACUCCUCUAUUAUGCUGUUAGAGUUAUCGUCUUAUCACAUUGUUUGGUUACAAGCAACACCUGCCAUAGCUGCUCUUUACUACCAUACGCAUUUGGUAAAAACACACGCGUUGUAUUGCCCCGACGAUCUCACUUCGUCCCACGAGCCCAUUCACACUCGAGCAUUAGCACGUAAUAUUCUGAAAGUGCUAGAUUCUAACGAUAGACAUGUAGCACUUCAUUUUAUGCAGCCAUGUCCAGAAACCAAAUCUCAGGAUCUACUACGAUUCCUCUACAGGAGUCGUCCUACCUUAAAAGUGCGCAACUUGAUAAUACCUUCCACGGCUAUCCAAGCUAGUGUUACGCACGGUUGGGCCACGGGUCUCUUAACCGCUUGUCCAAACAACGACACGGUUGCUUUAUGGCACAGACGAUGUGCCAUACCUUAUGACUCGUCCUACGUGACCCCGUUACCUGUGAAUGAUAUCCAUGGAAAAUUACAGCGGCCGAUGGAAUGCUCCACUUACUCAGAUAACUUCAUCUUAUCUCACCAUGCAUUCACAAAAAAGGCACUGUUUGUCAAGCUUCAUGAUGGCAUGGUGUCGUCAUUUUCACUAGCAGACGGCUUAUUGUUCCAACCCGCUUUUUUGCAUGUUAUUCAGGGAUGGAUCGACGCUGCCAUACAGCUGGAUAAUGCCAAUACCCUUAUCUUCAUGAUCGAUGAACGUACGUUAUUUGGUCAUAUUCCGAAAUUUCAGCGACUAUCAAAGCAACAGCAAAAAGAAACCUUGGAACAAUAUCGCUCGGAAUUGCAUGCUUACAUACAAAUCCUGGCCUCCGAAGUUCCGAUCUACUUGUAUUGCCUUGAUUAUAGCCAUGAGACGAUGGCGCCUUUAGAAGAAAUGUUGGCCUGAUCGUAGGUUACAGCAACGGCAUCACUUGUGUCUUUCGCGCUCCGUUUUUGCUGGCUGGACAGAGGAUGCGGAGUGUCUUAAGAACAAUGACACCAAGCAGCUUGUAUCUUCAAUGCAUAUCAUAUGCUUAGAUCGCGAAGCAAAUCAUGACCGCACCAAAUGGAAGAAGAAUUUUUUAAAAAUUCUAUCC